AUGGCUUUCAUAACCUGUGCGAGCGGCGCGCUCGCAGCCGGCACCAUUGCGUCUCCGUGGAGCACGGCGGCAGGCGCGCCCGACACGAACGGCUCGGGCGGCGCCGACGCCAAGCACCUGGACGUCGGAGAUGCCAGCGACGAUGAAAAGGACAUGUCAGCGGCUGAUGCGGAGGGGGUGUGGAGUCCAGAUAUCGAGCAGAGUUUCCAAGAAGCUCUCGCAAUAUACCCGCCCUGCGGGAGACGGAAGAUUAUCCUUUCGGAUGAGGGCAAGAUGUACGGAAGAAAUGAACUUAUAGCGAGAUAUAUAAAAUUAAGAACGGGGAAAACGCGCACAAGAAAACAAGUAUCUUCACACAUACAGGUUCUAGCUAGGCGGAAACUUCGAGAAAUACAGGCCAAACUCAAAGUGCAAUUCUGGCAGCCUGGUCUCCAAGCCGGUACGUCACAAGACGUAAAACCGUUCCCUGGUGCGGGUUACAAAGGUGUCCCGGGAGUUGGUGGAGUGGUACCAGGAGGGACAGAUGUUGCCCCCCCUCCACCUUGGGAGGGACGAGCCAUUGCCACGCAUAAACUGCGAUUGGUAGAGUUCUCAGCCUUCGUAGAACACCCGAGAGAUCCUGACACGUAUCCACCAAGCACGUCGCCGGCGCAGCAUCUUUUUGUACAUAUAGGUGGUACUGUUACGUAUGCUGAUCCCUUAUUAGAGUCAGUGGAUGUACAACAAAUAAAUGAUAAAUUCCCCGAAAAGAAAGGAGGUCUAAAGGAGUUAUAUGAGAAGGGUCCUAGAAACGCUUUCUUCCUCGUGAAGUUUUGGGCGGAUCUCAAUACAAACAAUCUAGACGACCCAGCGGCCUUUUACGGCGUCACUAGUGUUUACGAGAGCAACGAGAACAUGACGAUAACGUGCAGUACGAAGGUCUGUUCCUUCGGCAAGCAGGUUGUGGAAAAAGUGGAGACGGAAUACGCCCGCUUCGAGGGCGGCCGCUUCGUUUACCGCAUACACCGUUCGCCCAUGUGCGAGUACAUGGUCAACUUUAUACACAAACUCAAACACUUGCCCGAAAAGUACAUGAUGAAUAGCGUACUGGAGAACUUCACUAUAUUACAGGUAGUGUCAAACAGAGAUACUCAGGAGACAUUAUUGUGCGCGGCAUUUGUGUUUGAAGUGUCGAACAGUGAACACGGCGCACAGCACCAUAUCUACAGGCUGGUUAAAGACUGA